AUGAUGAUGAAGUUGUCUAGCUCACAGAGAAAGUCUUCUGUAUUUCUUGAAGUGGUAGCAAACCAAAUUGAGCAACAUGUAGAAGAUAUACAAGCUAACAAUCAACAACAACAUCCAAAAACAGAAGGAUGUGAUCAAAUAGGCGACGUUAAUCGUGAUGAUAUUGAGGUUGGUGUUAGUUGGAAUCCUCAUCAAGAUUGGACAUAUGACGAAAGAGAUACAGCUGAAGGAUGUUAUCAAAUGGGCGACUUACCAACAAAUGAUUUUCGUUCUGGCGGAGAAGAUGAAUAUCAUGCUCAUGACGAUGGUGGUAUCGAUUAUAAUUGUGUCAAUAAUAUUAAUGGUCCCGAAGAAGGUGUCGAUAACACAGGGAUUGGUCCAUCAGGGUUAGUGCAUGAAACUUCAACACAUCAUGGUUCAAAUCCUUUUUUUGGUGUUCCAGAGCCAUAUAGAGAUAUAGAAAAUGAAGUAAGUCAAAUUCAUUCAGUUGCACCACGUGAUGGCAGAUUCAAAAUCACAGAUCAAUUCGCUUCUAAACAAGUUUUAAUUGACACCAUAUGUAGGGAUGCAUUGGAAAAUGGUUAUCAAUUCAAAGUAUCAAGUUCUAAUAAAAAGAGAUGGGAUAUAAAGUGUUUGCAUGAAGGGUGCAAAUGGAAAGCAGGAGCUGGGAAGUUAAGUAACAGUGAUGUUUUUGUGUUAAAGAAGUUUGGAACACACACUUGUCCUCGUGAUAUAAUUAGACCUCAUCAUAGACAAGCGGGUAAAAGGGCAAUGGGAAAAAUAUUACAGUCAUUGUUUACUGCAGGUGACCGUGUAUAUAGGCCAAAAGAUAUUAUCACGGAUAUAGCAGAUAGAUAUCGAAUUGAUAUCUCUUAUACGCAGGCUUGGCGUGCUAAGAAUUGGGCUUUAAAUGAGAUAAGAGGUUCGCCAGAGGAGUCAUUCAAACUAUUACCGAUAUUCUGUCAUAACUUUGAACAACGAAACCCUAGCACCAUUACACAAAUAGACACGGAUGAAGAUCAUCGAUUUCAUUUUGUCUUUAUGGCUUUAGGAUGUUCAAUUAGGGCAUUUCGUGAUUUUUGUCGUCCGGUCAUCUGUAUUGAUGGAGCAUUCUUGAAAGGUCGAUAUUGGGGUACACUUUUUAUUGCAGUGGGUAAGGAUGGAAAUAAUCAAAUUUUUCCAUUAGCGUUUGGCAUAGGAGGAAAAGAGGAAACAAUAACUUGGAGCCCGUUCCUUCGAGCUUUAUAUCGGUGUAUUGGAGAUAUCCCUAAUUUAGCAAUUAUUUCAGAUAGACAUAAUGCUAUAAUUCGUUGUGUGAGAGAAGUAUUUCCGAAUGCACAUCAUGGGUGGUGCAACCAUCAUAUCAAAGGAAAUAUGCGAAGUCGGUAUAAACAAACAAAACAUAUCGAAGGAUUAUUUUGGCGAGCUGCGAAAGCAUAUCGAAUAGAAGAUUUUCAGGAGGCUUUGCGGAUGAUCAGAGCUGAAAAUCCAACUGCAGCAGCUUAUCUGGAAGGUAUUGACUAUCAACGAUGGGCCCGUGCAUACUUUCCUGGCAUUCGAUAUAAUAUCAUGACUACAAAUAUUGCUGAGUCGUUUAAUGCCUUGGCACGACAAGCGCGAAAAUUGCCAGUGAUGAUGCUUCUGGAAUUUUUGCGCUCAACUUUACAAAAAUGGUUUUAUACUCGACGCAAUAUGGCAGGUGCUUGUAGUCAUUCUCUAACUCCAUGGGCUGAAGAGAAGAUGGCUAGUCAUAUCCAAAAGUCAGCUAAUAUGGUUGUCAAGCCGAUAACAAUUGAUCGAUAUGAAGUACAUGCUCCGAGUAAACCUGUUGCUAUAGUUGAUCUUGCUAAAAAAGAGUGUACAUGCAGAAAAUUUCAACUAUCACAAAUAGCAUGUACACACGUUGCAGCAAUCGCCAGAUUUCAAAAACUUUCGCACUGUUAUCCAUGGGUGAAUAAGUAUUACUCAGCUGAAUAUUGGCAAGCAGUAUAUAGAGAAAGUGUUGAACCAUUGGGUGAUCCAUCAGAAUGGGUGCAAUCAGAAGAAAUACGUAUAGUCCACCCACCUCAGAUGGGAUAUCGACGUUUUGGUCGACCUUCCAAACACAAUAGAAGGCCAUCGCAAGGGGAGGAAACCCGUCAAGUUGAAUGUAGUCGGUGUCAUGAAAAAGGACAUACGCGAUUAGUUUGCACAAAUCCUUUGUCAGGUGUCGGGUCUGCAAGAGGGGUGUAA